AUGAAAGUUGAAGACCUGAGCGCAGAGGAGUUGUUGGAGAAUCUGCGCGCCGCGCCAAAGGAGAACGCGAUUGACAUGCUGGAGAGAUGGACGAAAACCAAGAAGUCUGGAGCAGAGCUUGCAAGCACUCCUCCCGUAGGGUUACCAACUAUACCUAAAAAGCCGACUCUCAGCUCUUUCGUUUUUCGAAUUGUCGAAGAAGGGAGUGUUUCCAUUUGGGAUGGAAUCAGCGGCAGUUACAAGCCCGUAAACAGCCUCACAACCAGCGUGAAGGUGAAGAAGCGCGAACGAAAACCUGGGAAUAAACCCAGGAUCAUAAAGCUCUGCGGCCCUGACAAGUUGAAGGUCACCAUUGCGGAAGGAUUCUGCAAGGUGUUUUAUUUUGCAGAUGGAACUGUAUCAGCUGAGGAUGGAUCGAAGAUCAGACAGUUCAUCAAAGCAGCCAUUGGAGAUAUUGAUGCACUGAAGAUCGAUAAGAAACUCUUUCGAAAGAUGAUCAGCAAGAUUCGAGACAGCUUUCAUACCGGGUGCGAGGAAUUCCUUCAUCAAUGGGGCCAAGAUAUCCACGAUCAUCUGUCAAUGGAAAAUAUCAGUAAUGAUAUAGCCAUAUGCAUGCUCCACAGAGCUUUUGGCAAUUCGGUUGAUCUGGACGAGUCGAUUCUUUGGGGCAGAUCAUCAUGCUUUUGGUAUAUCCAAGCAUACAAAGAAAAUGGAAAUGCUGAGAGAAAAUUGAGAAGGAGAAAUAUCGACAAAACUUUGUUAAAACGAAUUGCCGAAGCACACAGACCGAAAUUAGACAGCCUUGCCCUACCAGUGUCCCCAUCGUGUCCUUAUUCGCUGGCCAGUGAAGAAGGACUUUGCUAUCAGAUCGAAACUCCGGGCCAUCGAAGUUUUGAAGAAGAAACUGAUGCUUUCGAAGAAGACAAAGCAAUCUAA